GGGGAAACGUGAGUCUAUCCGACACGUGUGGGAACUAAAAGAAAAAAAUUGUCGAUGAUAAUAGGCUUUUUCUGUUGAAUCCCGAUCUAGUCUGGUCAUAUCUAUUAUCUGUUGAUUCCCGGAUCCAAGUUCUGGUUGGGAUCGUUGUCCGUGAGUGAGAGGGUAUCCUAAUCCUGGUCGAGUUAGAUUAGGGUUGAGGAUUUAAGUAGUAACCCAGCCUGGAAGAUCUUGGAACCCAGAAAAAAGAAGAAGAAGCGAGCGAUCGAGAUGGAAGAGAAAUGUUAUUUCGAGACCAUAGUGAACCAACAUAGAGCACCCCCCCAGCUUCCGGUCGUGGACGGAGGACAAGGUGCUGAUCUCUCUUUAUUUUUUUAAGAUUCAAGCGGCCACGGAAUGCAAAUCGUUAUGCGCGGAAAUUGUAUGAGGCUCUUACAACCAUGGGUGUCCCUGAUGUUGAACAACCAAAAGUUGUUCAAGAGCUCUUCCCGGUGCUUGCGGCGGCUGUUUCCACCAACAGCAUUGAUGCGGCUGUGUUUGACAUGACUGUCAUCUGUGCUCGAUCCGGGGAUGGAGAUGGGGAUGGAGAUGGAGAUGGAGAUGGAGGUGUAGAUGUAUAUGUACCUGAAGAUGUAGUACGGCCCAAAUUGAUUCCUGCAAGUAAUUCAUCGAUUCAGGGUUUGAAGCCGGUGACACUUGAUGAUAAUACUGUUAUCAAAGAAACGUCAGAGUGUUCCAUUUGUUUGGAGGAUUUUGCUGCUGCUGCUUCUGUCGGCAACAUUACUGUGUUGCCCUGCACACACCAUUAUCAUGUACAUUGCAUUGUCCAGUGGAUGGAGAUUAGCCACCUAUGUCCUUUGUGCCGAUAUGCAAUGCCAGUCGAAGAUGAUGAUCACUCCAAUUGAGCGCCUUGAGGUGCUACUACUUGCUGUCUCUCUUCUAAUUAUCUGCUGCAUGUUACUAAUAUUUCAGAUUCAUCUUUUUAUUUAUUUAUAUUGUUUAAGUUGCUUCUUCAGGAGGCGUCUCCGAGCUUCUCGGAGUGACCUUGGUAUUCCAAUUUCAUCUUUUAGUUUUAUUUAAUUUGUAAUAAAAUGCUGGUACAGUUUUUAGUUGCUUGUUCAGG